AUGUCUCGGCUCGUUCCCGGCUCAGAGUUCGAAGAGCCGGAAGUCUUCACACAGUCUCUGCAUCCACCAGACCUCUCCAGGCCACCGUCCAGACGAAGUGUGAGCAGUCAAAGUCGAUAUCUCCCAUCGUACAGCGAGACUGCCAGCCGCUCCGUCAGGUCUCUCCACGGAGGGGCGCAUGAUGAUCAUGGAAUCGAGUUGACCGAGACUAUCAGUCGCGAUGCAGAGUCAACCAGUUCAAAGCGAUGGGUGCAACGACAGUCCCCACUUACCAACACCCUCCGCAGAUAUCCAACGCGUCGAAUCAAACUCACCAAGGGAGCAGUACUCAGCGUAGACUAUCCAGUCCCGAGUCCUAUAAGAAACGCAAUUGAGCCAAAGUACCGUGACCUCGAAGACGGACAGAAUGAAGAGUUUACCCACCUGCGAUACACGGCGGCGACAUGUGACCCUGAUGAGUUCACUCUUCAUCAUGGCUACAAUCUUCGUCAGUCUAUGUACAACAGACACACGGAGAUGCUUAUUGCCAUCACCUAUUACAACGAGGAUAAGGUGCUGACUGCAAGAACCUUGCACGGCGUGAUGCAAAACGUUCGUGAUAUCGUCAAUCUGAAGAAAACAAAAUUCUGGAACAAGGGAGGCCCAGCCUGGCAGAAGAUCGUCGUCUGUCUUGUGUUUGAUGGCAUCAAACCAUGUGACAAGAAUACUCUGGACUUGCUUGCGACGAUCGGAAUAUAUCAGGAUGGUAUCAUGAAACAUGAUCUAGACGGUCGUGAGACGGUGGCUCAUAUCUUCGAGUACACAACUCAGCUUUCGGUCACCCCGUCUCAGCAACUCAUACGUCCAUCUCUAAAUGAUCCGAACAAUCUUCCACCAGUGCAAAUGAUCUUUUGCCUCAAGCACAAAAAUAGCAAGAAGAUCAACUCACACCGGUGGCUUUUCAACGCAUUUGGUCGUAUUCUGAACCCAGAGGUCUGCAUUUUGAUCGAUGCAGGUACCAAGCCUGGCCACAAGUCUCUCCUUACGCUUUGGGAGGCUUUCUACAAUGAUGAAAAUCUCGGAGGCGCAUGCGGCGAAAUCCAUGCGCUUCUUGGACCUGCGUGGCGAAAAGUCUUCAAUCCAAUCGUUGCUGCUCAAAACUAUGAGUAUAAGAUCUCCAAUAUCUUGGAUAAGCCUCUCGAAAGCAGUUUCGGGUACGUGAGUGUACUGCCCGGCGCAUUUUCCGCGUAUCGGUACAAGGCUAUCGUUGGUCGGCCUCUCGAGCAAUACUUUCAUGGUGAUCAUACACUCUCCGAAAGACUGGGUAAAAAGGGUAUCGAGGGUAUGAAUAUUUUCAAGAAGAACAUGUUCCUCGCCGAGGACAGAAUUUUGUGCUUCGAACUGGUGGCCAAAGCGGGUUGUCGUUGGCGACUGACCUAUGUGAAAGCGUCCAAAGGCGAGACUGAUGUGCCUGAGAGUCCACCUGAGUUUCUCUCUCAAAGACGGCGAUGGCUCAAUGGUUCAUUUGCGGCAGGACUUUAUUCGUUGAUGCACUUUAACCGGAUCUAUCGCAGCGGCCACAGCAUUCCAAGGCUGUUUUUCCUGCAUGUCCAAUUCAUCUACAAUGUCUGCCAGCUUGUGAUGACAUGGUUCUCUCUCGCCUCUUAUUGGCUCACAACUUCGGUCAUCAUGGAUAUUGUUGGUACACCGAGCUCAGUGAACCACUACAAAUCGUGGCCAUUCGGUCCCGAAGCCUCGCCCAUUUUCAACACAUUCCUUAAGUUUGGUUAUAUUAUUUUCCUGAUUCUUCAGUUCAUCUUAGCGCUUGGAAACCGGCCGAAGGGGUCUAAGGUUUUCUACACGCUUUCAUUGAUUUAUUUCUCUAUCGUCCAGUUUUAUAUUCUCGUGCUCUCAUUUUAUCUCGUUGCGCAAGCUUUGACCCCUGAGAAUCUUAGCUUUGACCUGACGCACGGCGUUCUCGCGUUCUUGCGGCAGUUCGUUUCGUCUACUGGGGGCGUGGUCCUGGUUGCGCUCGUCUCUACUUAUGGGAUCUAUUUCAUCGCUAGCUUCCUCUACUGGGACCCAUGGCACAUGUUCACCUCGUCGUGGGCAUACUUCCUCGGCAUGCCCUCGUCAGUCAACAUCUUGAUGGUCUAUGCAUUCUGCAACUGGCACGAUGUUUCUUGGGGCACCAAGGGAUCGGACAAGGCUGAUGCUUUGCCGUCCGUGCAGACCAAACAAGAAGCUCACGUUCCAUUUGUGGAGGAAAUCGAAAAGCCGCAAGAAGACAUUGACGUGCAAUUUGAACAGACCGUCAAGCGGGCCCUAACGCCUUGGCAAGAGCCCGAGCAGAAAGAUGAAAUCACUCUCGAGGAUUCGUACAAGGCCUUCCGCACCAAUCUUGUCUUGUUCUGGACUCUCAGUAAUGGAAUUCUAGCAUUGUGCAUCAACAAUGAUGGAAUCAAGAAGAUCUGCCUGACGGUUUGUCCCCUCUUGCAUAUCACCUUGAGCGCAUUCUAA